AUGACGACUAUUGAGAAGAUUAAAGAAAUAGAAGAUGAAAUGGCACGUACACAAAAAAACAAAGCCACUGCUAAACAUCUUGGUCUUUUAAAAGCCAAGUUAGCAAAGUUAAAACGUGAACUCAUAUCACCUAAUAGUACAAGUGGAGGAUCAGGAAUUGGCUUUGAUGUUUCAAGAACCGGUGCAGCAUCAAUCGGGUUUAUUGGAUUUCCAUCAGCUGGAAAAAGUACAUUAAUGUCUAAACUUACAGGAACAUAUAGUGAAGCAGCUGCAUAUGAAUUUACAACAUUAACCACAGUACCCGGUAUACUUAAAUAUAAAGGUGCUAAAAUUCAGAUUUUAGAUUUACCUGGUAUUAUUCAGGGUGCAAAAGAUGGAAAAGGUAGAGGUCGACAAGUUAUUGCAGUUGCUAGAACUUGCAGUCUUAUUUAUAUAAUUCUUGACAUUCUUAAACCUCUUACAGAUAAAAAGAUCAUAGAAGAUGAACUUGAAGGGUUUGGAAUUAGAUUAAAUAAAAAACCCCCAUUGAUUACAUUCAAAAAAAAAGAAAAAGGAGGAAUUACAAUAUCUAAUACAGUUCCACUAACAAACAUGGACUAUGAUGAAAUUAAAACAGUAUUAAGCGAAUAUCGUAUCAAUAAUGCGGAUAUAACAUUCAGAUGUGAUGCAACUGUAGACGAACUUAUCGAUGUACUUGAAGGAAACAGAGUUUAUAUUCCUGCUAUAUAUGCUCUUAAUAAAAUCGAUCAAAUUUCCAUAGAAGAACUCAACUUAGUUUAUAAAAUACCAUAUGCAGUACCUAUUUCAGCACAACAUGGAUGGAACUUUGACGAAUUACUUGAAAAAAUGUGGGAACAUCUCGAAUUAAUAAGAGUUUAUACAAAACCUAAAGGAUUACCGCCUGACUAUUCUGAUCCAAUAGUUUUAAAAAAAAAUUCAUGCUCUAUAGAAGAUUUUUGUAAUGCUAUCCAUAAAUCCAUAUUUAAGCAAUUUAAACAUGCAUAUGUAUGGGGUAACUCUGUAAAACAUAAUCAUCAGAGGGUUGGUGCUAAUCAUAUAUUAAUGGACGAAGAUGUAUGUACUAUUAUCAAGAAAUAA